AUGAAUUCGUCGACGCACUCUCUCGCCCUCGUGGCGCUCUUCUUCAUCGUUCUCGCCGUCGCCGGCGACGCGGUUUCGGCCGCGCUCGCCAACGGCUUUGAGAUGAUGAGAGAGCUCAUCGAGGAUGGACGGACCGUUGUCAGCGGCGUCCAACUUAUUUUCAUCACCCUGUCCGUCGCCAGCUUGCUGGCACCCGCCCUCGUCUCUUUCUGGGGAAGCCUCCCCACGGUCGCCUCCAGGGUCCGCAAGGUUCUGGAGUCCUCAAUUGCAGGAACCGUCCGCCGGGCCAGUCUGGCUCGCGCGGCGGCCGUCACCGGUGCCUGGGGGUACAUCAACGCCCUCAAGGCUACAACGCUCGCUGACAUCAUCUCGAUGAUGUUCAGCCGUCUCGUGCUCCCUCUCCUGCUUCCGGCUGCCCGUCUGUUCGUUCCGGCUAUUCUCAGGAAGUAUUUCCUGUGGAGAAACUGGGCUGUGGACCGCGCCGAAGACUUCGCGGACCUGGUCUGCGUCGACAGGGAGUUGCAGGCCGAACGGCGCCGCGUCCUCAAGGCGCAGGAGCUUGCGUUGGCCGGGCAAUUGGGCAGGCUGGACCAGCUCAACAAGGAGGUCGCCAAGGCAUUCCGGAAAGCUGCCGACGCCUUGCAGCAGGGCACCCGCUCUGUUGGUUGGUCAAGCGGGAAGUACGAGAACCUUCGGCCGGCCCCGUUUGCUGGCCCAGUUGCUGCCGUGGUCCCCGAGGAUGGGCCCGUCCCAAGACUCGCUGUCUGGAAUCGCCUGCGCAACCGGACCGACCUCCACGUCUACUGGAUCGACUUCGCCAUCGCGCGCCACGAGGCCGCGAUGGCCAAGAACAAGGACAGCAUCGCUGCCCUUGAGGUUCAGCUAGCGUCUCGGUCAAAGGAGCUCACGGCGAUCGAAGACCAAAUCUCCGACUGCCGCCUCGAGGCGAUGUUGGCGAUGCGGAAGAGGGCACCCCGUGCCCAGGACCGCGUCGUCACCCGCUUCGCCCGCAUCGGAGAAGAGUCGACUCGCCCAUCGGGAGACGAGAGACCCGUUUCUGCGCACGAGAGGAUCCAAGCCGCGACGCGUCGCGAGCUGGCCGAGCGCCAAAGGAAUCCCCGUGUUCGCACCACCACCACCACCACCACCACCACAACCAGGAUCACCGGAUCCUCCACACCGUCGGUUGUCACUCCACCCGCCGACGUUUCCGCCACCUCCAUCCUCAUCCCCACCGCAACCACGCCCGCCGAGCCUACCCCCUCGGCAGUGGUUCCUUACCUUCCCCCUCCCUCCUCGCCGACCCCCGAGGAGAUUCUUACCAUCGCCGCGGCUACGCCGCUUCCCCGCACCGCGGAGGAGGACGCCAUCGAGAAGGCGUUCGAGUCGAUCCUCGCCGAGCACGAGCACAUUCUCGCCCUCAUCCGCAGCGAGCAAGCCGAAUGGACCGCCGAAGUCGCCGCCGAACGGGAGGCGCGACGGGUCCAGCACGAGGAAGAGCAGCACGAACGCUGGCUCAAGAAGCGGUACUACCGCCAACUCGUUGCCGCCAAAGCCGCCGGCAAUCAGAACUUCCCGUCGUUCCACGACUGGUGCGCCGACCGGAUGCGGGCCGAGUCGCAGCUGCGUGCUCGCGCCGAGUUCGAGCGGCGUACUAAGGAGGAGCUUCGCGUCGCCACCGCGACCCGCACAUCCGAGGAGGCCACGCUCGCCGCGGCAAUUGCCGAGGAGAGCCGGCUGAGGGCUGCCUGGGAAGCGGCCCGCGAAGCUCGCAUGGCCCAGGAGGCGCGCGUCGAGUCCGCACUUGCGGAGGAGACCCGUCUCAGGGGUCUGCUGAACGAGUCGGAGGAAGCCGACAAUGACACGGCCGCCCUGCCCGAGCCAUCUUCGAUGGGGAGGGCAACGUCGGCCGACGUCAUUGUCACGGAAGUCGUCGCGGACCAGGUGAAGACGGUGCCAGUGGUGGUGCCCGUCGACGAACCGGCCGCGCACGCCCACGGAGCCAAUGAUGCCCAGCCAUCUGUGAUGGGGAAGGCGGAGGCUCAUCAGGAAGAACCGUCGACGACGUCGACGCCGCGACCCGGCUCCGCGAGGAAAUGGGCCAGCCAGAUCAAGCCCUUGCGGGCGAAGAUCCGGAAGGCGAAGCAAGUACGGUUCGUCAUCCCCAAGAAAUCCGAGGCUGUUGCAUCGCAGCAGCGCGAGGACCGGGGCGAUGAAGACGAGGAGGUCGUCGCUCUCACGAGCAACGACGAGCCCGUCAUUAUUGGUGGCGACAUCGCCGAUCUCGCCAGUGCGCUUGAGAAGCUGUCGCUAGAGGAGGACGGAGGUCCGGCUUCCGAGUCGGGCAAGCCCUCCCACCAACAGGACGACGUAGACCCUGCUAUUAUUGAGCAGGGCAAGCCGUCCAACCCGCACGACGUAGGUCUGGCCACUGUGUCAGACAAGCCGUGCCCGGACAACGGAGGUCCGGCUUUCGAGCUGGACAAGCUGUCCCAAGAGUCGAUCGCUGAGCCGACCCCUGAGGUGGAGCAGGGCCAGGCCGCGCCCGACUAUCCGAUCGCCGCCGCCACCGCCACCGCCGAGGAUCCUGAGACUUCUCCGGAAGGGGAGGGGGAGGAGGAGGAGGAAGUGGCCGAUCUGGAUCUGGUUCUCGCUGACGCGGAACCUCUGGCCGCGGAGCCAUCGAUGCCCGCGCCAAGCGAACUCGUCAUCGGCGAGUUCAUCAUUACCAAUGAGCUGCUUGCUGAGCUCGAAGAUAGCCUUCCGGAGAUCUUCGACGCUGAUCUCAACCAGCCGUUCGAGUAUACCGGCGCCAACGGAGCCGAGGAUGAGCCCAUGCUCACCGAGGACGCACCCGCGGCGGACCACGACGGUCCCGCUGACUUGUCAAUGGAGGAACUCAAGCUCUCGUACCACGAGUACGAGGAGGAGAGGCCCUCCGCAGCGGUCGACGUCGAGGUCGACAUGGAGACUGCCGUCGACCUGCCGGAGCCUGUUGGGGAGCAGGCGGCCGCGCAGGCGGCAGACCUCAAUAUGGAGUGGGAGAACUCCGGCGCGGGGCACCACUACCAACAAGAGGACGAAGCGGAGGAGCUCCGUGCCCUCGAAGCGCACCUUCUUGCCGCGCUUGCGCAGCAGGAAGAUGCCGGGAUGCCCGACCGAUCUGUUGCCGAGUCCGCAUUCGCGGAGGAAGCUCGCGCCAACCCCACUCGCGUGGAGGAGGCCGAAGUACAGUUCGACUGCUUCGAAGGAUUCGACUUCGACCCCGUCCUGGGCGAAUUUGUCGCCCGAGAACCCGAGGACGCCGGCGGCGACGAAGGCGCGGUCGAGGGGGAGGCCAGCGCUGAUGCCGCGCAUCAGAGCGCGGGUAUCCAACCGGCCGAGCCAGAGCCCGCUCCAGUGUCUGCUGGGGCGGAGGAGGCGGAGCCAACCGGGCCUGCUGCCGCCGCGGGCACCAGCGCCAGCCAGGCGCCGCCACCCAUCUUCACUUUUGGCCAGCUGGGCCAACUUCCGACAAUCCCGGAUGCCGUCCGUCCGGUGACUCAGUUCGUCUUCGGGAUGGACUCACCAGCGACCACGGGGAGGGGUUCGCCGACGUCUCAGUUCGGCUUCAGGCCGAGCUCGUCCGCCCCGUCCGACAUCCGUCUCCAGUCGUCCGUGCCAGCCAACCCUGCCGAGCGGAAGGUGCUGGUCCCUCGCUCUCGCCUGAGGGGGAGGGUCGCCACCGCCCAAGCCGCGCAGCAGCAGCAGGUCGACGAGACCCCUGCCGGGAGCGCCCAGCGCGAAGGAGAGGAAGAUGGAGGAGAAGACCUGGAGCCAGAGUUGACGGAGGAGGACCUGGCAUGGAUCCAGGCGCAGGAAGAGGAGUGGCUCGCCGAGGAGGAGGCCAAGGGGAAGGGGAAGGCUCCUUGCACCAAGACCAAGGCUCAGUUAAAGGAGGAAGCCCGCGCCAACGCCCGCGCCGAGUUGGCCCUGAUCGAGGAAGAGCGGCGGAGGUUUGCUGAAGAAUUUCAGCGGACCGUUGAGUCUCGCGAGACUCAGGAAACCCUCUACCGAGAGGCCGAACCGGCCGAACCGGGUUGGUUUGACCCCCGCGCAAAUCAAGCGCGGCGCGAAGCUGAGAUCGCCCUAGCGAUGAGCGCCGCCGCCGAGGAGGCUCGGCGGAAGGCUGCUCAAGCUCCGGCUUUCGAGAUGGAGGACGAGGUGUUGUGGGAGGACUCUGACCAAGGUCAUUGUUCCCGACGCAGUCACUCUCGGGGGUUUUAA